AAUAACCAAUGUGGAAUUCUUGGGGGUUCUGCUCAAAAUAUUCACCUGCCACCUGAUUUACCUAGUACAUCUGAGCCUGUAAGUGAUAUUAAAAAAUAUAUUUCAAAAUGCCCCUCAGAUGCCUCUAGUAAUUUUUACUUAUAUUCUAAUCAGGAUUGGCAAGUUACUAGUAUUUGGUAUCACAAGAAACAUUGUGGAAUUAAUAAAGUUCAAAACUUUAUGAAGGAUAUUGGAAAUAAAGUUAAAGUAAAACUUCUCGACAGAAUUCUAACUAAUUACUCUGGAAGAAAAACCACAGCCCAAAUUCUUCAAGAUGCAGAUAUUCCUGAAGAUGCAAUUAUGAAAAUUACUGGUUAUAAAAGCUCCCAAGGUGUACGAGCAUAUAAAAAUAUUAAUGAGCAACAGCACAUUAACAUAAUGAGAACUUUAAUCAACAUAAUUGAACUAUUAACCGACUCAAAAAAUAUUAUAAACCAAGACCCUUCUGUUAUAUUUGCCGAAUCUACCAGUUCUUAUAUAAAUGUUAACUCAUUUUCUGCGCAAGGUACAAUACCAAUUGGUCAGGGCCAAAUCGCUA